AUGGCUCGUGUUUUCAGCCCGUUUGUGAUUCUAGCGUUUGUUUUCUUCGUGAGCGCGGUUACAUCCAAUGGCCCUCUUCAAGAUUUUUGUGUCGCGGAUUUAAAAAGUCCCGUUUUGGUAAACGGUUACCCUUGCAAAAACCCGAGUUCGGUUAGUGCCAAUGACUUCUAUUUUGGUGGGCUCCACCUGAUGGGAAACACAUCAAACCCAUUUGGGUCGAAAGUGACCCCGGUUUACGUGACGCAGUUACCUGGGCUCAACACUUUAGGAAUCGCAUUGGCUCGUGUUGAUUUCGCGCCAUGGGGGAUCAACCCGCCCCACACGCAUCCUCGUGCUACGGAAAUCAUGACCGUUUUGGAAGGUAGUCUCGAGGUCGGGUUCAUCACAUCAAACCCCGAAAACCGACAUAUUACUCGAGUUUUGUGCAAAGGUGAUGUUUUUGUGUUCCCAGUAAACCUUGUACAUUACCAAAGAAACAAUGGGAACACGAAUGCGAUCGCGAUCUCAGCGUUGAGUAGCCAGAAUCCCGGAGUGAACCCGAUUGCGAAUGUGAUUUUUGGUGCGAAACCAGAUAUAGCGCCCGAUAUUCUUGCAAAGACAUUUCAAACUACUGAAGAAGAUGUACGCAACCUUCAAGAGAAGUUUUGA